CAAAUAACAAAAUCUCUGUCGUCCCUGGCUGUCAUUGACGUUUUUUAGGUUAGGAUUUAAUACCGGUAAUUUCAGAUUCCUGAAUCAUCAGAACUCAAUAAUAGGACGCCAAUCGAGUAAAGUCAGCAAUUGUUCAAAGUUUAUGCCUGUUCUGUGGUUUUUGCUUGUUUUUUGUAGCGAUUUUUUCUAGUAGUAUUCUUAAAGCUUCAACAGUUGUGUCCAAGUGUGUGUCCUUCUUGUGUUGAAAUUCUCAUUUUGAAUAUAUAUAAAAAAAAAACAAAGCAAAAAUGAGAAUCACUGUAAAUUUGAGCUUAUUUUUUCACGAUCAUCGGUGUUUGGCUAAAAUUUUCGUUAAUAAAAAGAUGAAAUGCAUCAGAAACGUUGAAGAACGCAUUAGUGCCGUUUUUAAUAUAGAAAAUUUCUAUUUAAAAUGUGAAAAUGUGUAUCUUCCGCCAACAGAGGAUGUUCAGAUACUUAAUUAUGAUGAUGUUGUAUGGGUAAUACCAUCAGAACAUGGUUCAUCGAAUGUGGAUAUCAUACCUCAAAAUCACGAAAUUCUGGAGGAAUUCAACAUCGUCAUCCCAAAGAAGAAAAAAAAGAAAAAUAGGCUUUGUGUUGAUACAAAAGAAGAAAAUUGUAGUUACGAAAAUAUACCCAAAAAGAUGAAAUCACAGGAAAGUUCUGAGAAUGUAAUGGAAGUAGAUGUUUCUGUAACUGAGGAGAACAACAAGAAAAAGAAGAAGAAAAAAAAGAAGAAACACGGAGUAUAUAAAAAUAUAGAAGUUUCUAACGAUUCAGUUCAAGAAAACGAAGACUUACAUGAAAUUGAUGGUAAUCCAGGUCUAAUUCAGAAAGAUUCAGGUCGUGAUUCUUUAGAUAGUUCAAAAAGUGCUAAAUCUCCUGAAAGUGUGAAUAAUAGUGUAAAGCGUUUGGUGAAUCAAUUUGAAAAAAGUAAAAAUAGUUUGACUGAAACUCCAACUGAACUAGAAAGGAAAAUCAAUAUUGUUAAAACAAUUAUAAUUUCAAAUAAACCAACUCUAUGUUCACUUCCUGAUGUUAAACAAACCGAAGCUUGUGAAGAAGAAAAAAACGACACAUGUAAUAAUGUGUCGCUACACGUGGAAAAUUUAAAUAAAAAUGAUGAGCUUCAGGCAGGUGAAAGUUCAAGUAAUGCAGAAACGUCAAGUGUCUGUAUUGAUAAUGUGACUGAUUUUGAUGCAAAUGUUAAUAAGAGAAAACGAAGAAGGACUCGAAAAAGGAAAUCACGGGUCGAAAAUACAAGUGAAAUUUCCACAACAUAUGAGCAACCUGUUUAUAAUUUCAAUCAUAAGCCCGUGAUUGUACAAACUCGCAUUCCUACACAUCUAAGAUUUACUGAUGUACAACCAUCUAUGAAAAAAGAUGUGCUUUUCCCAGCUGAAUCAAGAGUUGAUAAAGUAAUAACCUCAACAAAUGAUUCAUUAGGUGAAGUUAUUGUCUUAAAUGAACCACAAGCAAAGCAGUCAGUGCCGGCCAGUGAUGCAAUUGGUGAGAAUACUAAAGAAAAAGUCACCAUAAAGGAUUCGUUAGAUGAAGUUGUGGUUUUAAAUGAAUUAUCCGAGAAAAAAGACAAAACAAAAACCAUAUAUAGUGACAAAGAAUUAGAAGAAUGUAUUUUAAAACAACCAAUUACUCAACAUUCAGAACCAAGAAUGGGAGAUGUUCUAGCUUUUAAAAUUCUCAGAAUGUCCGAAAACUAUACUCCUGAAGUUUCUAAGCCUAUAGUAGGGAAGGUGCUUAGCUAUAAUGAAAAUAAGGAAAUUACCUUCAACAUUGUGUAUGGUCAUGAACAAUGUUUGCCACCUAAAGGAAAAUUUUCUCUAGAUGAGGAAGAACAUGAAUUAAAUGAAAAUUCCCACUUCCAGUGUUUGUGGUCCACUUUGUUGGAACCCAGGUUGGUUUAUCCAUGAAAUUGUUAUUGUUUGUCAAUUUUUCAUUAAUUUAUAAUUUUGUAACUAAUAAUAUUCUUUAAUAAAGUUAAUUGUUCCUACAUUAUAAA